AUGUUUCAUAGUCUAGAAAAAAGACUUCUGAAAAUGCCUGACAUUUAUUUGCAAUACAAAAAGUUCAUGACAGAGUAUCUCGAUCUUGGGCAUAUGGAAAUCGACAAUACGGUAUGCAAAGAAAAUGCUCAUUAUUGUAUUCCGCACCAUCAUGUAAUUAAUGAGUCUAGUUCCACCACAAAAUUAAGAGUUGUUUUUAAUGCUAGUGCAAAAACUACAUCUGGUGUAUCAUUAAAUGAUACGCUUAUGAAUGGUCCAAAGAUGCAGGACGAUCUUUUCGCUAUUUUAUUGAGGUUUAGAUGUCAUAACAUUGCAAUUACAAGUGAUUUACAAAAAAUGUAUCGCCAGAUAGAGAUUCAUGAUGCAGAUAGAGAUUUUCAAAAAAUUCUGUGGAGGGAUGACCCCACUAAACCAAUUUCGACUUAUAGGUUGUGUACUGUCACGUAUGGUACCGCAUCUGCUAGCUAUUUGGCUACGCGAGUACUUAAACAGCUGGCAAUUGAUGAGGCAGCGAGAUUUCCAAAGGCAGUUGAUCUAAUCAUGCAUAAUUUUUACGUUGAUGACUGCCUGUUUGGCGCUAAAACGCAAGAGGAGGCGAUUGAUCUUAUCCAUGAACUGAAUGAUCUCCUUAGAAGAGGACAAUUUAAAUUGCACAAGUGGUGUACUAACAAUUCGUUUGUGUUGGAAAAACUACGCAAAUCAGAGGGCUUGUCUGCAUGUUCUUCUAGUACCGCUGAUUCUAAAUUUAUUAAAGUAUUGGGAUUGAGAUGGAACCCAACGCCCGACGACUUUACGUAUAACAUUCAUUUUUCGGAUAAGCACAGAGCCUUCCCUACAAAAAGUUCUAUUUUGUCUAGUGUGUCAAGCAUUUUCGACCCCCUUGGGUGGUUGUCGCCAUUUAUUAUAACUGCAAAAAUUUUGAUUCAAGAUUUGUGGAAAUGUCAGUUAUCGUGGGAUGAUCCUGUGCCUCCGGAGCUUAAGGAGCGAUGGAUUAACUAUAGCAACGAUAUUUCUCAACUUGAACCUGUAACUGUGCCUCGAAGAGUUCUUUUGCACGAAGCGUCUAAUAUUGAACUGUAUUGUUUUUGUGAUGCCUCUGAGAAAGCAUACGCUGCAGUAAUUUACUUAAAAUCUUCUGAUACGUCCAGUCAUCAAGUUAGCUUGUUGACAUCGAAGACUCGUGUUUCACCAUUGAAAACAAUAUCGAUUCUGCGCCUUGAACUUUGCUCAGCUGUGUUGUUAGUGCAUUCACUACAAAUCGUUCUUUCGUCAUUACAUAUUCAAAUUGAUGCAAUACACGCCUUCACAGAUUGCACAAUCGUUUUAGCAUGGUUAAGAUCUCAGCCGUCACGUUGGCAAAUAUUUGUUGCUAACCGGGUUUCUGAAAUACAAGGGAUCCUUCCUAUUCAACACUGGCGCUGGAUUCCUUCAGACCAAAAUCCAGCAGACUGUGCAAGUAGAGGACUUUUACCCUCUGAACUGCUUAAGUUUGAAUCAUGGUGGUCUGGUCCUCAUUGGCUUAAACACGAGGAAAUUCCACAUGUAGAAGUACCAUCGUCAACGGACGCUCUAAAAGAAGAACGAAAAAAGGCUUCGUGUUUAUAUGGAACAUCGUCUGUUGAUUUUCCGAUAAUUGUUAAAGUUUCAUCAUAUGUUAAAUUACGCCGCAUGAUAGCAUGGUGCCUACGUUUCAUUAAAAAUGCUCGAUAUCCCAAAAAUAGAAACAUUGGCUAUCUGACUAGUGAUGAAAUGAAAGCUGCAAGAAAUAUUUUGGUGAAGAUAGUUCAAAAGCAAGAGUUUUCCACUGAGUAUCUUCAUUUGGAGAAUAAAAAACCACUUCCUGCCAAUAGUAAAUUACUUUCCUUAAAGCCAUUUAUAAAUGAAGAUGGUGUAAUACGUGUUGGUGGUAGACUGGAAAAUGCUCCUUUUUCAAAUGAAAGAAAACAUCCCAUUCUCCUGCCAAAGAAUCACCACUUAACUACCAUUAUCAUUCGCUCCUAUCAUGAAACAUAUUUACAUGCGGGUACUAUUCUUUUGUUACCUGUUAUACGUAAGGAGUUUUGGAUAAUUAACGCUAAGUCGGCCAUUAAAAAGGAAAUUUGGAAAUGCAUUAAGUGUUUCAAACUCAAGGGAAAAACAGCAACCCAGGUGAUGGCUGAUUUGCCGCGUGCUAGAGUAAUGCCAUCACGAGUGUUUUCAAAAACCGGUCUAGACUUUGCAGGACCCUUUCUAGUAAAACCGCGAUCUGGCCGCGGGGUUAGAACCUUAAAAGUUUACAUUUGUAUUUUUGUGUGUUUAGCCGUAAAGGCUGUGCACAUUGAAAUUGUUGGCAACUUAUCUGCAGACUGUUUUAUAGCUGCACUAAAACGAUUUGUGGCGAGACGAGGAAAACCAAGUGAGGUAUUUUCGGAUUGUGGGUCAAAUUUUGUAGCUGCAAAUAAAGAAUUCAAUAGAGUUAUUGCACUUCUCCAGAAGGAAGAACCCGUUCAUAAUUAUUUCGCCAACGAGGGAAUUAAAUGGAACUUUAAUCCACCUUCCGCCCCUCAUUUUGGAGGAAUUUGGGAGGCAGCUGUCAAAUCCGCUAAAUCUCUCCUAAAACGUACAAUAGGAGACCAAAAAUUGACUUUGGAAGAAUUUUCAACGCUAACGACACAAAUUGAAUCUUGUUUAAAUUCCCGACCGUUGAGCCCUUUGUCAGAGGUCUGGGCAUCCGAAAUAUCUGCUCUUACUCCUGGGCAUUUCUUGGUUGGUACAUCGCUUUCUUCAAUACCAGAAGAAAAUCUUCUCAACGAAAAAAUUCCCCCUUCUUAUCGCUGGAAAUUAACUCAACAGAUUUUUCAGAGUUUCUGGAAACGAUGGUUAAAUGAAUAUGUUUCCGCGUUGCAACAGCGAUCCAAAUGGGUACGAGAACAACCAAAUAUUAAAGUAAAUGAUUUAGUUUUAAUUAAAGAGGACAACGUUCCUCCUCUAAGGUGGAGGUUAGGUAGAGUAAUGGAAGUUUUCCCUGGUUCGGAUCAGAAUGUGCGAGUUGUUAACAUAAAGACCGAUACUGGAAUUUUUCGCCGACCAAUUCAUAAAGUAGCAGUUUUGCCUAAUAUGGACUGA